UCGCCUCGCGGCAGUCGCGGCAGGCACCAUAAAACGGUAGCGCCGAUUCGACUCAGCCACAGUUGGAGCUCAGUGGUGGUUCUAAGCACAGCAAGCAACCAGAAGCGCAAAGUAACCAGUCAAAGAUGUCGAACCGACUCGCACUCGUCGCCGCCCUCCUGCUGAUCGGAGUGGCCCAGUUCACCAUGGCCUCCCAGGACGACACCACGGCGUGGUCCGAGUGGAAGGCCAAGCACAACAAGGUGUACGAGACGCCGGAGGAAGACGCCCGCCGCUUCGCCGUGUUCCAGGACAACAAGAAACGCAUCGACGAGCACAACGCCAAGUUCGACAAGGGCGAGGUCUCCUAUUUCAUGGGGCUCAACCCGUUCUCCGACCUGACCAGCGAGGAGUUCAGGCUGCGCAACGGCCACAGGCUGGUGUCGCUGCCCGCGGACAAGCAGUGGGAGGAGUGGAAGGCUACCCACAACAAGCAGUACGAGUCUGCCGCGGAAGAGGGCCGCCGCUACUCCGUGUUCCUGGACAACAAGAAGCACGUCGAGGAGCACAACGCCAAGUUCAACAAGGGAGAAGUUUCCUACGCCCUGGGCCUCAACGCCUUCUCCGAUCUGACCAACGAUGAGUUCAAGCAGCGCAACGGCCACGGCCUCCGCCAGAAGAGGGCCGUCAUGAACGUCGACGCCAUCGCCGUCAGGGAUUGGGCGGAGUGGAAGGCCAAGCACAACAAGGUGUACGCGACUCCCGAGGAGGAGGCCCGCCGCUUCACCAUCUUCCAGGACAACAAGAAGCAGGUGGACGAGCACAACGCCAAGUUCGACAAGGGCGAAGUCACCUACUCCAAGGGCCUCAACGCCUUCUCCGACCUGACCAACGAGGAGUUCAAGCAGCGCAACGGCCACGGUGUGCACAAGAAGGAGGAUGCUGCCACCAAGGCUCUGCAGCAGCAGUGGGAGGAGUGGAAGGCCGAGCACAAGAAGCAGUACGAGACUCCCGCCGAAGAAGCCCGCCGCUUCGCCGUGUUCCAGGACAACAAAAAACGCAUCGACGAGCACAACGAGAAGUUCAGCAGGAGCGAAGUCACCUACUCCAUGGGCCUCAACGCCUUCUCCGACCUGACCGCCGAGGAGUUCAAGCAGCGCAACGGCCACGGUCUCCGCCAGAAGAGGGCUGUCAUGGACGUCGACGCGAUCCUCAGGCAGCAGUGGACCCAGUGGAAGGCCGAGCACAACAAGGUGUAUGGGACCCCCGAGGAGGAGACCCUCCGCUUCGCCGCUUUCCAGGACAACAAGAAGUACAUCGACGAGCACAACGAGAAGUUCAACAAGGGCGAAGUCUCCUACACCCUGGGCCUGAACGUCUUCUCUGACCUGACCAACGAGGAGUUCAAGCAGAAGCACGCCUCCGGCCUGCGCGUGCGCGAGAGAAGGACGGUGGACGCCGCCGUGAUCCAGCAGUGGGCCGAGUGGAAGGCGAAGCACAACAAGGUGUACGAGAGCCCCGAGGAGGAGGCCCGCCGCUUCACCGUGUUCCAGGACAACAAGAAACGCAUCGACGAGCACAACGAGAAGUUCAGCAAGGGCGAAGUCACCUUCUCCACGGGCCUCAACGCCUUCUCCGAUCUGACUGCCGAGGAGCUGAAGCAGCGCAAUGGCCACGGCGUGCAGAAGAAGGACGACGCCGCCAAGGCUCUGCAGCAGCAGUGGGAGGAGUGGAAGGCCGAGCACAAGAGGCAGUACGAGACCCCCGAGGAGGAAGCCCGCCGCUUCGUCCUCUUCCAGGACAACAAGAAGCGCAUCGACGAGCACAACGAGAAGUUCAAGAGGGGAGAGGUCUCCUUCUCCAUGGGCCUCAACUCCUUCGCCGACCUGACCAGCGAGGAGGUGAAGCAGCGUUUCGGCCGCGGUGUGCUGCCCCGCAGGGACCACUAGGCUUACUGAUAUAUGACUGAUAUAUUUUAUAAGAGUGUAUUUUUAUAUUUUGUAAUAAAAAAAAGACAAAAUUUAA